UGGGCAAGAUUAUUCUCAUCACAGCCGGUGACGAAAUCCCAGAGCAGCAGCAACGCAUCAUGGAGGAGGCUACAGUCACUCCCGCCCUUGGGAGGAGCGAUGCGCCACGGCGCUCCAAUGCGACCAACUGCCAGGAUAGCUGACAGCUUCGCGAGAGGGACUCAGCAACGCAACUUUGUAUUCUCGGCGUGGAGGCGCAAUAACGCACAGGGGGCCAAGAAGAGUUUGUCGAUAAGUGAGAGGUUCAAGAAGCUCUCUAGAGAGUAUGGGUGGUCGGCCGUGGGUGUCUACUUUGCGCUCAGUGUGCUGGAUUUCCCGUUCUGCUUCCUCUUCGUGCGGUUGGUCGGAACAGAGAGGAUAGGCCAAUUCGAGCACUAUGUCGUCACAAAGGUCAUCCCGGAAUCAGUUCGGACAGCAUGGAACGAAUGGCGACAAUCUCUCAAGAGCGAAGAGAAAAGCCAUCUGGGCAACAGCAAUAUCAGCGACAGCGUAGAGAUGGCAGGCUGGGGUGUAGAGCAAGCGCAGGAACGCAACAGAGAAGAAGCCAGCCUGGCAACGCAGCUAGCGCUCGCAUAUGCCAUCCACAAGAGCUUCAUCUUCCUCCGGGUGCCGUUGACCGCGGCGGUGACGCCCAAGGUGGUGAAGGUGCUUCGACGCUGGGGUUGGGAUAUUGGAAAAAGG